CAGCAGGCAGCUCAGCACUCGCACUCCAGCUCGGCCGCUCCACCGCGCGCUCGCCUCCCCGCUUCUGCCGCAGUCCCAGGGCCCCUUACCGCCGCCACCAUGGACGCCAUCAAGAAGAAGAUGCAAAUGCUCAAGCUCGACAAGGAGAACGCCUUGGAUCGAGCGGAGCAGGCGGAGGCCGAUAAGAAGGCGGCAGAGGACAGGAGCAAGCAGCUGGAAGAUGAGCUGGUGUCGCUGCAAAAGAAGCUCAAGGCCACGGAAGAUGAACUGGACAAAUAUUCCGAGGCUCUCAAAGAUGCCCAGGAGAAACUGGAGCUGGCGGAGAAAAAGGCCACCGAUGCUGAAGCCGAUGUAGCUUCUCUGAACAGACGCAUCCAACUGGUUGAGGAAGAGCUGGACCGUGCCCAGGAGCGACUGGCAACAGCUUUACAGAAACUUGAGGAGGCUGAGAAGGCAGCAGAUGAGAGUGAGAGAGGCAUGAAAGUCAUUGAAAGCCGAGCCCAAAAGGAUGAGGAGAAAAUGGAAAUUCAGGAGAUCCAGCUGAAAGAAGCCAAGCACAUUGCUGAGGAUGCCGACCGCAAGUAUGAAGAGGUGGCCCGUAAGCUGGUCAUCAUUGAGAGUGACCUGGAACGUGCCGAGGAGCGGGCUGAACUCUCAGAAGGCCAAGUUCGACAGCUGGAAGAACAAUUAAGAAUAAUGGAUCAGACCUUGAAAGCAUUAAUGGCUGCAGAGGAUAAGUACUCACAGAAGGAAGACAAAUAUGAAGAAGAGAUCAAGGUCCUUUCUGACAAGCUGAAGGAGGCUGAAACUCGGGCCGAGUUUGCAGAGAGGUCAGUAACUAAAUUGGAGAAAAGCAUUGAUGACUUAGAAGACGAGCUGUACGCUCAGAAACUGAAGUACAAAGCCAUCAGCGAGGAGCUGGACCACGCUCUCAACGAUAUGACUUCCAUGUAAAUGUGCAUCCACCCUGCCUGCUCACAUCCGUGCCCUCAUGCUAAUACGAUAAACUCACCACCACACCCUUCUGUAUCUUCAAAAUCUCCAUCUUUGCAGCUUUCUGCUCACUCUCUUUGCAUAAUCUAGGAUAGUCAUUGUUUUUUUUUCACAUCCUACUAACAUAAAGGCCAAGUAGACUGUCUCUCUCUCCACAAACCAUUUUCCUUUCAGAAUCCAUUCAUUUCAUAUUGUCUCAAUGCAGUCGUUGGUACCAAGCUGAACUGGAAUAUGAAUGACUUGGGCACUAUCUGUUUAGCAAAUUAAAUGAGGCUCAAGUAAAAUUAAUAGGCCGUGCACCUGUGCCGGAAUUUCCCAAGAAAUAUCAAAAGUUCAUUUCCUAAAGUCAGUUAAAUACAGUGUGAUGAUUUUUCAUAGAAGAAAUAUAAAUUUAAGGAACCCUACAGUGUCAAGAGGACUGAGGCUCGGAGGGAAAGGAAAUUGAUCCAGAAUAUCCUAAAGAAUGGUGCUGUAAAAGGUCACAUUUUCCUCACUUUUAAGAAUUCUAGACAGAAAUGAACCAUCUGCUGAGUAGCCAAGCCUUUAAUUUCCUAUGUUUAUGUAGAAAGAAUGAACAUACAAAUACCACAACCUGUGUCAAAGAAAUGGAACCUAAAACACAGAUUGCGAUCUGAGUUUGAGAGUUAAUGGCCCAGCCUUUACUACUGCUGGGCAGUACAGGUGGAGUAGGUAGUCUUCCUGUCACUAGAGCCUGGAGCAUGCAUGACUAACACACAUGCUGCUAACCAAAUGUGAACAUUAGACUGGUUCUGCUCCUCUCAUGUCUAACCUGGAAAUGUUUCACAGAGGCUUCCCUUGAUUCUUCUAAGAUGGCACUGAAUUGCAUUUAAGCUGGAAAUUUCAUUUUCCAGGCCCACCUGUCAUUUCUUUACCCAGCUAGAAAAAUGGUAGCUUGAAGAGUAUUAGCAUGUACCUGCUGCCUUACACAUUGUAUAGACUCACCACAUUGCCCUUGGAGACACAAUUGUCACCGUGGAAACUAGAGCAAAUCCCUUCCUCUCUUCCCUCCUUUGUGAAUGAGGGGUGGAUGAGAUCAUCUGUCUCCAAGCACUAAAAUGAGGUGAUGCUAUAAGAAAAACUUUUAGAAGUUCUUGUCAUGGCUCAGUGCUUAACGAAUCCGACUAGGAACCAUGAGGUUUCGGGUUUGACCCCGGCCUUGCUUAGUGGGUUAAGGAUCCAGCGUUGCCGUGAGCUGUGGUGUAGGUCGCAGAUGCAGCUCGGAUCCCGCGUUGCUGUGACUCUGGUGUAGACCAGCAGCUACAGCUCCGAUUGGACCCCUAGCCUAGGAACCUCUAUAUGCCAAGGGUGCAGGCCUAGAAAAGACAAAAAAAAAAAAAGAAAAACUUUUAGUAUCAGGUAUGAUUUAAUAUUCUGAAAAAGGAGUUCCCCUCACGGCCCAGUGCUUAACGAACCCGACUAGUAUCCAUGAGGUUUCGGGUUUGAUCCCUGGCCUCGCUCAGUGGAUUAAGGAUCUGGUGUUGCUGUGAGCUGUGGUGUAGGUUGCAGACUCGGCUCAGAUCCGGCAUUGCUGUGAGCUUCAGUGCAGGUCAGAUGCGGCUUGGAUCUCGAGUUGCUGUGGCUGUGGUGUAGGCCGGCGGCUACGGCUCCGAUUUGACCCCUAGCCUGGGAACCUCCUUAUGCCAUGGGCACAGCCCUAAAAAAAAAAAG